AUGAAUCAUACAAAAUCAUUAAGUACAGAUUCUCCUUGCCCGAAGCCGUUUCCUCAAAGCUUAUCCUUGCUAGUUGAUAUAUACAUAAAAUGGCGGACGGCGACCGACCCACCCUCUCGGUGGUGGUUACCCAUGUAUAUCCGGGCAUGGUUUUUGGAGCCAGGAGUUAGCCCAACAACGUCUGGGACCUCGAAGCGAGAGGCCUAAGCGCAAAAGCCGCUGUUUUUGUGACCAGACCCAUGGGCAGUUACUCGUGACUUCUUUUUUGCCAGCAGCGCUCAGCCCAGUGAGUGCCCGAAAUGAGGCAGGGCGACUUACCUGCCUAAGCUGCUUUUGUGGCUCGCCCCGAAUGGCGAAAGCUGUUGAGUUCUUUCUCGGGAUGGCCGGAAAGAGGGGAAGGCGAGUUAGACAACUAAAUGGGGGCCUAUCCAGGUUAAAAGGUGCCCUUCAAUGGGCAGAUCUGGCGGACGACGCAGCAGUGUUGGCGUAAACUUAGGCGACGAUCCAAGUUGGAAAUGGAGGCGGUCAGCAAAGCCGGUAUGAGACGGCCCUUGACAAUGCCUCUACCGAGAAACCGGGAGUUUCGGCCCGGGCUUGGUGAACGCUCUGCCACCAUACUGGAAAACCGUAGAAUGCUUCCUCGGACGUAGUGGGGACCUUAAAUACCUAGCGUUAAUCUAAUCUAAUCUAAUCCUUGCUAAUUGAUGAUUCUAAAGAAAAAUUCACUUCAAACUCUACCACUAACGAAAUUGUUUCUAAUUACCUCAACAAACUCCUCCCAAAUCUCACAAAGCCUAAGCAGGAUCUUCCAACUACCAACAAGUCGUUACUUUAUCGUUAUGAAAGUGACGGCUGUGUUGUAUAGCUCCUGCAUUUUAAUAGACAAUUAUUGACCAAUAAUUUUAAAAUAAAAUUUGCAUUUGUCAAUUUUUUUGGACUGAAAUGGCAGAUCUCUUUAUAUAGGGUGAGAUGCCGAAUAAAACUCAGACUGUAUAAGAGAUAACUAAGGCCAUAUUUUUUUUUCUGUUAAGUUAUAUAAUUGUCUAUUGUGGUGGAUAAGCUAUAUACGAUUCCCAUUCGAGGCGCUUUGACGAUUCCACACAGUAUAACCCACUUCCUCCCAGAAUGACUCCUCCAGCAGUCCUAAAAGACAUUGAAAACGCUGACGAGUAUGGUAAUCGAUAACUAGAUAAGAAUAUGCUUAAGAGCCUCCCUGCCUUUACUCCUGAAAAGUAUGUGAAAUGUGAAUACACCUUGGUUGCGCCUACAGAAAACGUACUGAUUUUUGAUUCGAAAUUUGAAAGUGGGAAUCUGUGGAAAGCGAUAAAAAUCAGUGAAAAUGAGUAUAUGCUAAAUAAAAUAAAUAGGGAGAAUUUAUAAAGAAUUUAGUAUAGGGAUUAUUUAAAAGAUAAAAAGAUAACUUGUACUUGGAGUAUGAUUAUGGCACGAAAGGACAUACACAAUGGUUUUAUUUUUCAAUAAAAAGUUAUAAGAGAAACCAUAGAGUUACGUUGAAUAUAGUAAACUUGAGCAAGUAUGACUCUUUGUAUAAUAAUGGAAUGAAGCCACUUGUAAAUUCAACGGAAAAAUAUAAAAAUUCAGGAAUACAGUGGCAUAGGGCUGGAGAAAAUAUUUCUUAUUUUAGAAACAACUUAAACUGUAAAGAAGACAGAAAGCGAAACCACGCUUACACCUUAUCAUUUAUAUAUAACUUUGAAUAUGAAAAUGAUCUCGUUUAUUUUGCACAUUGUUAUCCAUACACCUAUACCGAUUUAAAAAACCUUUUAAACUCUUUACAAAAUUGUGAAGAAAUUCUAAGGAUAAAUACCCUUUGUCAAACUUUAGCUGGAAAUGAUUGCCCAGUUCUUACAAUAACAGAAUCAGUCACCACCUACGAAUCCUGAGAAAUUGAGCUUCAAAAGCUUGAAAAAAGCGCUGCAUGAAGGAAGCUCCAAAGACUUAAAAGCAUGAGGCAUAGAAUACUAAAAAAAGGUAUGAUAUAUGAAGAUAGAAACUGAGCACAGCAAGAAAAAAGGGAUUGUGAUAUCAGCCAGAGUCCAUCCAGGGGAAAGCAACUCUUCUUAUGCAAUGAAAGGAGUAAUUGAAUUUUUGUUAGGAAAUUCUAAAGAAGCUAAAAUUUUGAGGAAAAAUUUUGUGUUUAAAAUUAUACCUAUGCUAAACCCUGAUGGGGUUAUAUAUGGGAAUUAUAGAUGCUCUUUAUUAGGAGUGGACUUAAAUAGACGAUGAAUCAGACCAAAUAGGCAUCUGCACCCUACUAUUUAUUAUACAAAAAGAUUGAUAAAAAUGUUCUCUGAAGAUAUGGAGGUUGUUAUGUAUUGUGAUAUACAUGGGCAUUCGAUGAAGAAAAAUGUUUUUAUGUAUUCGUGCUGCUCAGUUGGAAGAGAAAUAGAAGAUAGGAGAAAUAAUGUGCUCAUAAAAAUGAUACCAUUGCUUUUGGAAGAAAAAUAUAUAGAAUGCAGAUGUCAAGAACACGUCCUAUUCUCAGAGUAUGAGAUCUAGAUACCACUUGAGGCCAAAAUGAGCAAACCUAUGGGCACUGGGCAUUUUUGCCAGAUGGAUUUGCCUCCAUCUAUAGAGUUGCAUCUAUUAUGGACAUUGGGAAAGAGGCAUUUUAACCCUAAAGGCCGCAAGUACCGGAGAUCGAGGUAUACCCUAUUGGUACUAGCUAGAAAGUUUACCACUAGCUGGAACUCCAGCUACUGAGGAUGCAACUGUCAAGCCCAAAACUGUUUAUUCAAAGCUUCGGAGAUAGCAUCAAGUACCAGGCCGAAAGCCAAAGCAAAGCUAUAUCUGACAUCCCCAGGGAGAUUCACCCGUAGCUAAAAGUCUUCUUCUAAGGCUCUUCUUGAGUCAGAAGUUAAAUAAAGAAAUCUCCUAAUAUUUAAUUAACCUAGCCUACUUCUGGCAGAAAAAAACAAAAUUUUUUCAUUUAAAGACUCAAAAUUCAGGAUUGAAAAAUGUAAAGAAUCCACAGCCAGAAUUGUUAUUUUUAGAGAAAUUAAUUUAUUAAAUAGCUAUACACUUGAAUGCUCUUUUUAUGGGCCAAGCCAUCAAGCAUCACUACAAAAUCGAGACCCUUAUGAUGGAGAAGCUUCGGGAGAUGCUCAUAUGGAGCGAUGCCAUUUGGAAAAUUUAGGCUCUGAUUUAUGUAAAGUCUGUCUUAUUUUUUGUAACCCAUAUUUGUUCAAAAAAAAGCUUAAAGAAAUUUUAAAUCAAUAUAGAAGGUCGGUGCCAUUUAUAUCAGUCUUAAAUGAAUAAGAAAAUUAUUUUUUAUUUACUCCCCCCCCCCCCCCUCCGUGAGCGAACAAAACCAUUAGAAAAAUCGCCAUUUUUUGCCCAAAAACCACACCCUCCAUGAGUAAACAAAAAUUUUUUUAAUAGAAAAAAUUUUAAUGGAAAAAAAUUUUGAUAUAUAAGUGAUAAUUAGUAUAAUGAAAUCUAGAGCUAAUUCUGUUUAAUUUUAAAACAAAUUGCGUUUUAAAACAUAAAUUUUGCAAAUUAAAUUAAUAUUUGCUUCCCAAUUUUUGCAAAUUAGGAUUUUUUUAAAUUUCGAAAAAAAAAUUUUUUAUAAAAUUUAUAUAUAAAUUUUUUUUUAAAAAAAAAAAUUAACCCCCCUCCGUGAGCGAACAAAAUUUUUUUGUUCGCUCACGGAGGGGGGGGGGGGAGUUAGAAUUUUUUAAAAAAAUAGAUUAAUAUUGUAUAAUUUUAAUGUUAAAAAAAAUAAAGAGAGUACAGAAAAUACAGAAAAUUUAGAAAAAGACAGCAGUGAUAGUGAAAUCAGAGAAGAGCAAGAAGAAAAUAUAAAUGAAGAAGAAUUUCACUUACUCAUUCCAUCAUUUAUAGAACUACACCAUCCAAAAUUUCCUAAAAAUUGGAAAAAUAAUCUCCAUCUACGAUUUUUUAUAUAGUCAAGCAUGAAACUUCCAAAAAUAUAACUGCCUGCCUUUAAUAUUAGUGAUUAUAAUAGAUAUUCUUACUAAUUGUUUCUGAACAAAUUAUAAUAUUAUUUCUCAAUAUUUGCUAAUAUAUCGAAUUUUUGGUGGGUAUAUAAUAUGUUCAAAAUAAUUAAAUAUAAAGUUUUUAAGAUUAAUAAUUUUUUUCCUAAUCCACAUCUUUGAUCGAACAAUAGUAAUCGGCCUGAUUAAGAGAGGAAGUUAGAAGAAGCUUUAAAAACUAUACAAAAUAAUGAAUCUCUUAUGGAUUUAGAGCAGCUAUGAAACAUUGAUGAACUAAGUGAUAACGACUCCGAAUCCUCUAUGUCUGAAGCUGAUGAUUCCAGAUUUGAGCUUCCCGAAGUAAGUGUCCUCGCCAAAAAGAAAAAAACCGACAAAAAAAUCCUAAAAAAUUCAGCGAAAAGAAUAACAGCGUCCUCAGUGCCUCCUCCUAAACAUAGACCGAUAAUACCGUCAACAUCAAGACUAGAAAAAUAUAUCCCAUUAAGGCAAAUGCAGUUCGAAAAACCUCAGCCUACAACUGAAGAAGUACUUGAAGACCACCUUGAAAAUAUUUAUAAUCUCAGUAACUUUUAUUAUAGUUCAAUCAUGGGAUAAAAAGCUAUUAAAAGCGACCAGUUAUUUGAAUACCUCACUCCCCCCCCCCCUCCGUGAGCGAACAAAACCAUUAGAAAAAUCGCCAUUUUUUUGACCAAAAACCCACCCUCCGUGAGUAAACAAAAAUUUUUUUAAUAGAAAAAAUUUUAAUGGAAAAAAAUUUUGAUAUAUAAGUGAUAAUUAGUAUAAUGAAAUCUAGAGCUAAUUCUGUUUAAUUUUAAACAAAUUGCGUUUUAAAAACAUAAAUUUUGCAAAUUAAAUUAAUAUUUGCUUCCCAAUUUUUGCAAAUUAGGAUUUUUUUUUAAAUCGAAAAAAAUAUUUUUUUUAAAAAUUUAUAUAUAAAUUUUUUUUAAAAAAAAAAAAUUAACCCCCUCCGUGAGCGAACAAAAUUUUUUUGUUCGCUCACGGAGGGGGGGGGGGAGUCAGCAAAUAACUCCCCAGCUAGAAAUGAAGAAAAAUUGCCUGAAAUUGUAAAAAAUGCCCAGCCAAAGCCACCUAAAAGUGAAAAACCGCUGUCUCCGACAGAAUUUGUAAAAAUAACUUCUACUGGUGGAGGCGUUGAUAAGCAGUCCUCAAGGAGGAACUAUAGAAGUUUAAUAAUCAAAGACGAUUUAGAUAACUCGAGAAGGCACGCUAAAUAUCUGGAUUAUAAUCGAAUUAAACGAGUGUCACCUGCAUCUUUUAUUGGGAGAGGAGCCGAUUUUAUGACGUUCAGAAAAUAUAAAUAG